AUACGGGGGAGAGGCUAGGCAGGAGGAGGUAGGGAGUCGUGCGCGCGGUCGCAGUCGCGCGGCAGAGAUCCGACAGAGCGUUGACGUUCGAGAGUCGUGACUUGCACUCACCUCCUCUCUCACGCCUCCUCUCUCACGCCCAGAUGUCAGGCUCACCACGCCGUGGGCUGACGGUGAAACUCCGGACACCAGAUCGCAACCGUCGCGAAGAUGGCCUCAAGAAAGAGGUGGAGGAGAAGAAGAAGAAGUUGAUUCUUGGGAUUUGCGUGAUGGAAAAGAAGGCUCUCUCUGGGCCGAUGACACAGAUUCUAAAACGCAUUCGUGCAUUCGGAGAGUUCGAGAGGGAAAGGGAGGUGGAGGCAGCAGCUAGAGCUACGAGCAUAGCUGCGCAGGAGGCCCUCCUACAGGUCCCGGAAGCCAAUGCUGACCGGUUCAAGGAGAUGCUAGCUGCUGCCGUCGCAGCCUUGGUCCGACUGCGGAAAUUGGAAGAUCUCGAGUCCCGUGUGACAGCACUUGAGCAGCGGAACCAAGAGCUGCAGACUAAGGUAAUUAGCCUUGAACAGUCCCAACUAUCUGCCCCCCGCCCUCCUAACCCUCGAUCUGCUGUAAUCCCAGUCUCUCAGCCCAGCACAGCCCUCGUUCCAAGGGCCAACGGAACUGUGGCAAGUGCAGGAACCGGAGCAAGCUCCUCAAGCGGCAGCACCGGUAGUUCUGCAUUGAUCGCAGUCCCAAAUGCAGGGACUUCAACCCAAAACGCCAUAGUCCUUACUGGCGUUAAGUACAGCGGUCCCAUGGUGGACAAGCGGGCGGCCACGCUGCCAUCCAAGUACGACGGGAAGGCUGACAUCACCUCUUGGAUUAGUUCCAUGCGGUUGUACUUCGAGGUCAUGCGGACACCGCAAGAGGACCGAAGUAUGAUCAUGGGAACUAAUACCGAGCCUGCCGUACGAAACCACAUUGAGCUCCAAGCUGUUGCUGCAGGCUAUGCACGCAUAGACCUGACUGAUUGGCUGAAGGUCACCCCUGUUCGCACCCUUGAUGAUCUUCUCCUUGACCGGUAUCAGGAUAAACAUGCUGUGCUCAAGGCUAGACUGAAGCUUGAGGCCCUCAAGGGCCAAACAUGGAGGUCAUCAAUGCAGGCUUUGGAACAACACUUGACUGGUCUAUUCACCACUCCGGAUCUAGGAAUGACUGACGUGUCUUGCAUGGAUGUAGUCAUGGGAGUGGCCCCAAAAGAAUACCUCUCCCUGCUAGCACUCAAAGACCAUGCUACCUGGCGGGAGCUCAUGAAGGACCUAGUCGACCUAGAGGCCAAGGACCUCGCCAGGCGCAAGAAGGCACCCGCUGCAGGUGGGAAACCCCAACGCAAGCGGUUUGGAAGCAGCAACCAGCUUGCACUGCAUGAUCAUCGGGAGGCUGACGAUCAGUCCUAUGCGGAUGAUCUGUCUCUAGAUGACGAUCUAGAUCCGGACUCCGAUACGAGCUAUUCCACAUCAGCCAUUGAGUGUGACCGAAAUGAUGACGAAAAACUUAAUGCAUUCAGAAAGACUGCUUCGAAUAAGGGGCCUAACCGUGGUUCGGGUAAGGGAACAGUUAUACACCUUCCCAAGAAUGCUAAGAUCCCUGAGAAACCGGAGGACGCUUCCACCAAACCUUGGGAAGCCCUCCGCAUCAGCCAAAAAGAAUGGGAAAGAAGAUCCAAACUGCACGUAUGCUUGCAUUGUUCAAAGUCUGGGCAUGUUGUGCAGAAUUGCUAUCGUCUUCAGGGAAAUAGGCAAGGGGCGUAGAGGAGUUGUCAGCACUCUCUACAGCAAGGGAAGUUGGGCAGUCACUUGCAGGCCCUUCCGAGGAGCCUGGAUCUGAUCAGCAGCGUUC